UUAUGAGGAACAUUCAUGGAUCAUCCUACAGGCUCACAGAAUGUUUUCCCGUGCCGCUGUGAUGCAGGUUCUGGUUUAAAGCUGAAGACGCCAUGUACGACUACCUCAGAUACAGUCUGUGAACCACUGGAGGGAUUCUACUGCACGUACCCUAUAGAGGACAACUGUGUAGUAGCAGAGAAACACAGCAGCUGUCAACCAGGACAAUAUAUUAGCCAAAAAGGAACAGCUGUCAGGGACACUGAGUGCUCUGACUGCAGCGAUGGAACAUUUUCUGAUGGGACAUUAUUUCCAUCGUGUCAGCCACACACACAAUGUGAGGCAUUGAAUCUUCAGCUGAUAAAACCAGGAAAUGCUUCAUCGGAUGCUGAAUGUGGAGAACCAGGUUCAAGAGCUAGGAUUGGCAUCACUGUGGUGCUUGUGAUCUGUUUAGUCAUCAUAAUAGCUCUGUGUUUCAAGAAGAAGAAAGACACAGGAAGAAAAAGGAAUGCAGAAAAUCCCCAACAGGUAUGUUCUUUACUGUUAUUACUCAGUCUGUGUUACUAUAGUACAGUAGAAUAUAGAAAUGAUUUUAUACGUAGUAAUUAAAUGAUAUCACU